GAGGCUGGUGAAGAAGGCUGCAGGGAUAAGCAAGAAUGAAACAUAAAAAAAAAAAAAAAAAGAUCUCUCUCUCACACACACGUAUACAGUACACAGAAGAAGAGUGGGCUUGACAGUUUCCCUCCUGUGGCGGACUAAAGCGGCUGCAAAGACUUGACCAAGGUGAGCUCCGUUCCAUCAGAACUUGCAGAUGCGGAUUAAAAUUUGAGGGUGCAGCGCAAUGUUGGGUGUCGUCCUCAGCCUGUCCUUUGUACACCUGGUGACAUGGGCGGCCCCUCCAAACGCCGCCCCCGUCCCCUGCAGGCGCUGCUGCGAUGAGGACGGCGUAGCCCCGCCCCCGACCGGAGGGUACAACCAGGUGCCCGAGGUCCGCACCUACAUCAACAUGACCAUCCUUAAAGGUGACAAAGGAGACCGCGGUGAAAGAGGGACACCAGGUAAAAUUGGACAGGAAGGCCCUCCGGGAUCUGUCGGGCCCAUGGGCUCAAAAGGCUCAAAGGGCCAGGCCGGUGUCCCGGGAGAACCCUGCAAAGUCCAGUACUCUGCUUUUUCCGUGGGCCGUCGCAAAUCCCUUCACAGCCUGGAGGCCUACCAGCCGCUGAUAUUUGACACCGUUUUCGUAAACCUCGACGAGCACUUCAACAUGUUCAGCGGGAAAUUCGUCUGCCGCACGCCCGGGAUCUAUUUCUUCAACGUCAACAUUCACACGUGGAACUUCAAGGAGACCUACCUGCACAUCAUGCGCAACGAAGCCGAGCAAGCCAUAGUGUACGCCCAGCCCAGCGACCGCUCCAUCAUGCAGAGCCAGAGUCUGAUGCUGGACUUGGGCCUCAAGGAUGAGGUGUGGGUCCGCCUGUAUAAGCGGGAAAGGGAGAACGCAAUUUACAGUGAUGAUGUAGAUAUAUAUAUCACUUUUAAUGGAUACCUCAUCAAAGCAAGCACAGAAUAAACUAUGAUAAUAAAAAAAAAAGAAAUGUCAAGUUAUCUUUUUGUUAUUUACCGUAAUUUACGGCCUACAGAGCACACCGGAUUAUAAACCU